AUGCACAUCCUAACGUGUCUCCUACUAGUAUCCACCGUUCGCGCAUUACCAGCUGCGCUCUGGACGCGUGAUGAUGACGAGAGAUGGGAGACAGUGAAAUGCUCAGAUCCGAAUAUCACAGACGCCAAGGUUACAGCUGAUGUGCGCUGGGCAGCUGCUGAUACGAACGCUUCCUGGAAGGAGGCCGUAGCUGCGUGGCAGAACUACAAACCCGGAGAGGGCGAGGUCAAACUGAAAUUCCCAGCCUUCAUAAGCGACUAUUAUGGCGGGCCGGAAGGAUGGGACUGCCAAGACCCUGUUAACACGCCAUGUUCAACAACGGUUCAAUGCGAUGAGACCAAACAUCCGGCAGGAUUCUUCGUUCUCAACUCUUUUGCGAAACUUCACGAUGUAUAUCAGAAAUACCACGAGUCUCUACAAGAUGCCCAACUUAGCAUUUCUGCCUCCAUGGGCGAAUUCACUGAAACAUUUGCUCCGAUAAAAAAGGGGAAAGAUCAGUCAGCUCUCACAAAAACAAUAUUGGACGUCUUGGCAUUCGGUAUCGGCAUAGCAUCGGCUGGCCUGUGGAAUAUUGUUCUCAAGGAUGCCGGCAUGUUUGCUGUUACCCAUCUUCGUGGGUUUGCCAAAGACAACUUCAACGGUGUACUUGCUGCUUCAUUCGUUUUAACGAAAGACAACUUGAAAGCUGCCAAGGACUCUCCAAGCGCACAGAACGACAUAACCUCUGCUAUGGGCGCCUUGUUCGACAUAUGGAAGAAAACACAAGGCGACUUUUUAGCACAAAUAUUUUCUGGAUCAAAUGCUACCACAUUAGGGAUGCUUGAUUCGGUAAUCAGAGAUGGCAUGAUGAAUAUGGUACCUGUCGACAUCAACCUGUCAGGGAUGGUUGACGUAGUCAAGACCAUCAUGUUUGGACAAAUGAUUCCUAUUGCCUGGAAAGUCGCACCGGCUGGGUACAAACCAUUCAUACUUAAAACCGGCGAUGCAUGCUCAGAUACAAUGCCCAAGACCCUAGACCCAUAUAUGACACAGAAAACGCACGAGAAAACGGGCGUCUGCUGGAAUGGAAAUCAGUUUUACGUGCUUACGGUAGGGACGUAUAGGGUUGAUGUCCAAGUCGACACACCGGGCCUCCCCGACUCAGAUCCGCCAUUCCAAGCGAUGGACAGCGCCAACCACGACGUACUCGACGGAGAGAAAUGGGGAGGGAUCACGCUGGACGACGUUGUCAUCAGUUCGUACAGUGGUUAUCUGAAUAAUGGCAACCGGAAUGGCUACAACCUGACCUUGGAUGACACGAAUGGGGCUGUUGACCAGCUCAUGUGGAGUGGCGGCGUCAGGACGCCAGGCUUUUUCGCGCUCCCUGUGUGCACCAGUCUAUGGAACACAUUGAUGCAGAUUGCUGGGAGUCCAGAGGACAAACCUGACUAUCCAUGCGGUGUUCAGGUGGAGCGGACAUUCAAGAAGGAUUAG